AUGAGUCCCAGCAUCACGACUGAGGCCAACCAGCCUCUCCCUGCCAGGUCCACCGUGGCCCAGAGAAAACAAGCCAACGAACUGAGAAAGACUCUCAAACCCUUGCUGGAGAAAAGAAGACGUGCCCGUAUCAAUGACAGUCUCAGUCAUUUGAAAAGCCUGAUUCUGCCUCUUAUUGGCAAAGACAACGCACGCUACUCCAAGCUAGAGAAAGCUGAUAUUCUGGAAAUGACCGUCAGGUUCCUAAGAGACCUUCCUUCCACUCCAGUCAAAGAUUCCGCAGACAGUUACAGAGAAGGCUUCAAAGCCUGCCUCCAGCGCGUCUCCGCUCUGCUUCCCAAAACGAGCCUGGACCAAGACGCGUGCCAGCGCGUCAACGACUUCGUUCAGCAAUCUAUGUCCGCAGCCGUCACCCCAACCUGCCGUAACUGCUGCGCCCAGAGCUCCAGGACUUUCCCUCAGAUCCAGCAGAGACUCCUGAGCCUCAAAUCCAGCUUCAGCUCCAGACCUGAGAGCCAGUCCCGCGGCAGCAGCGGCGCAGGGGCUCCCAGCCCAGCGCAGCCAGGCCCGCAGCCUGUCAGCGCUGCCAUGUGGAGACCUUGGUAG